AUGAAGGCCAUGAUGCCAGCAUUCCGACUAAAAAGUAAUUUUCUCACAAUCGAGCCUGGCAAGCGAGGCCGAAUCCUUUUGGAGUGGAUACCACGUAAUGCCGACGGAAGAUACGCUUUUGACAACACCAUACGCUUUGCCUUGUCGGUGGAAGAAUGUGGUUUGGUGCUGGAUCAACUGGGAAAGAAUCAUAAUAUCCUUUUGACGCGCCGAGUGCCACCGUCCGAAGAAUCCCCCAUGGAAGAUGUACCCGACAAAGUGUUGCAAAUCAUUGCUGGCCAAGGUGGUAUGGCUAAUUUCAAGGUGGAUUUUGAACUUGGUGGUGUUGGUGGACAUUCGGCAGCAGCUCAUGGAAAUCCAAAUAUUAUCGGACCAUUGGAGGUUAUUGUGCAAGCAGGAGAGCUUCAAGUGAUUUUGGCAUUGCUACGGGAUUCCAUUCCAAAGCUAGCCGGAUGGAGCACUUCUAUGGACCAUGGCUUAGAAGCAGCUGUCCGAUAUGCUGUUCAGCAAGGUGGUACCGGUAAUGCAAGGUGGUAG